CCACGUGUGCUCGGAGGUCAUCCAUUAGAAGAGAGGUGGGCUACAGAUUUUUUGAAGCUAUAUCUGUUCACAGAGAAUAAUUAUCACAAUUAUUUUAUCGACGAAAAUCAUCCCCACCGCUAAAAAGAUUCCCUCUCGUUCCUAGUUUCUUUGGUUGGAAGCUUUGAGGAGGAAGAGGAAGUUUUGGUUUCUCUCCAUUUCCCUCGUUUUCUCACGCUUCCCAAUCGACAGACGCAGCGCCAAUUGGAAAAUAUGCCGAUAGAAAUGCCCAGAGGGUUACCAUUUUCUGUGGAUACAUGGACUCCAAGUUCGAAGAGAAAGCGGCACCAUUUCUUGACUCAUGCCCACAAAGAUCACUGCUCUGGGAUCUUAACUCACUCAUCUUAUCCAAUUUACUGUACCCAUCUCACUAAAUCCCUUGUUAUGAUCAAUUAUCCCCAGAUUGAGGAUUCAUUAUUUGUGGGUAUUGAGGUGGGCCAGUCGGUGGUGAUUGAUGACCCAGAUGGGCAUUUCUCGGUUACAGCUUUUGAUGCGAAUCACUGCCCUGGAGCUGUUAUGUUCUUGUUCGAGGGAAAAUUUGGAAAUGUCCUGCACACAGGAGACUGCAGGCUCACUCCAGAGUGUCUACAGUGUUUUCCUGAGAAGUUUAUCAGCAAGAAAGGAAGAGAUCCUAGGUGCCAACUCGAUUAUGCUUUUCUAGACUGUACAUUUGGAAGAUUCCAUCAGAAAUUUCCUAGCAAGAAUUCAGCAAGCCAACAGGUUAUUAAUUGCAUUUGGAAGCACCCUGCUGCUGCUUUGGUGUAUCUGACCUGUGACCUUCUUGGUCAAGAGGAUAUAUUGGCUCAAGUGUCUCAAACUUUUGGUUCCAAAAUAUAUGUCGACAAAGCUGCCAAUCCAGAAUGCUUUCAAGCUCUAACAAUGACAGUUCCCCAAAUAGUCACUCAAGAUCCAUCUUCACGUUUCCACAUGUUUGAUGGAUUUCCUAAAUUGUAUGAACGAGCAGCUGCAAAGCUUGCAGAGUCCCAGGCUAAUUCCCAGCCAGAGCCUCUGAUAAUCCGCCCUUCAGCACAGUGGUAUGCAUCUGGGGAAGAGGAUUCAUGUGUUGAAAGUCAAAAGAAACUGAGAUUUAAUGAAGCAGUGAGGGACCAAUUUGGCGUUUGGCACGUGUGUUACUCCAUGCAUUCUUCCAGGGAAGAACUAGAGUGGGCUCUGCAACUCCUUGCACCUAAAUGGGUUGUGUCAACAACCCCCAGCUGUUGGGCUAUGGAGCUUGAUUAUGUUAAGAAGUGCUCCACUGGCACACAAUUAACUUCGGAUGAUCCUGUCUGGAAGCUUUUGGACAUCACUGUAGAAGCUCCCCCUGCAGCAGAUACCUCAACCAGAACCAUGGGCCCUUCUCCUAUAGUUAAGAGGCCUACACAAAUUUAUGCAGAAUCUCGAUCACAAUCGGUGAAAAUAUCUUCUAGUAGACUCCUGAGUUUGUCUCCACCGAGCAAUAGGCCGGCAGUUACCUUAUUUGGUAGAGCUAGACUUGCUAUUAAAGAUUCUAAUUUGCCAUCGGAGGAGCAAGUUUUAUCCAUAAAUAAUCAACCUCCACUAGCACUGGCAGUUGAAGAGGAUAGUGAAGUGAAAAAUGAGAAUAAAUUGGAGAAUAAGCUAGAAAUUUGUGUUACUGAAGAACAAUGUCAGGAGUCGGUGAAGGAACAAAAGACUGCUUCUUAUUCCUCCAUUGGAUCAUCAAGGAACUUCAGUGAAACCUUGAAGAAUUUAUACAGAUCAAUGAAUGUGCCUGUACCACGGCCUCUUCCCUCAUUGGUAGAACUUAGGGGUGCCUAUAAAAGAAACAAGAGGAGAAUUGAGUUCUAAUCAUACAUUUCUGUGACAACAAAAUUAAGCUCUUAGCCCCGAGUUUUGACCAAGAGAAAUGGCAUAAAUAUUCCUUAUGCCCGGAUGGGCUUCUUCCUAUUCUUUCCAGCAAUAUUUAUUUAAACCAUCUGCUCUUAGUGGGCGUUGGAGGUCAAUGGCUGAAAAUACGAGGUGACCAGUUACAGAAAAUAUGGCAGUGCGUUUAUGCAAGUGUUGUAUGAUUCAGCUUUGCUUUCAUGAUCAUGAACAAGGCAUUGUCAUUUCAGAUUCCUCCAAUGUAGCCAAUACAGCAAACUGUUUGUUGGCUAUGCACUCAGAUUAUUAUGUAUCAUCUUCCUCCCAUUUGUUAUUUUCUAUUCUUCAGAAAAUUAUAUUACCAUUGCAUUUUCUUUCC